CAUGAUGAAAAUAAAAUUCCCUCUUUUCCGCUAUCCACCUAACCGUGCAACAUCGACGCUCGCGCGCUGUUUCAAUUUCAGGCGAAAAAACACGUCCCCGCUCGUUAGCAAGCUGCCCGACGCUUAGCCAUGGCUCCGUCUCGCAAGAAUAAGGUCGCGAAGGAAGAGGUGCAGGUGUCGCUCGGCCCGCAGGUCCGCGACGGUGAGGUCGUGUUCGGCGUGGCACACAUCUACGCCAGCUUCAACGAUACGUUCGUGCAUGUGACGGAUCUGUCCGGCAAGGAAACCAUCUCCCGGGUGACGGGCGGCAUGAAGGUGAAGGCCGAUCGUGACGAAGCGUCGCCGUACGCCGCUAUGUUGGCCGCCCAGGAUGUGGCCGAGAAGUGCAAAUCGCUCGGCAUUACCGCACUGCACAUCAAGCUGCGCGCUACCGGUGGUAACCGCACCAAGACGCCCGGUCCGGGUGCCCAGUCGGCGCUCCGUGCGCUCGCCCGUUCGUCGAUGAAGAUCGGCCGCAUUGAGGAUGUGACCCCGAUCCCGUCGGAUUCUACCCGCCGCAAGGGUGGUCGUCGUGGACGUCGUUUGUAAGCGUGCCAACUUGUUGGCAACCCCUUCCCCUGGCUGGUUGGUGGUGGCGGCGGUGGUUCCGGAUGUACUACUUACCCUGCAAGGAUAUUCAGUUACGGAGCAUUGCGGCGUAUUCGGUUGUGGCGAAUGAUUAAUAAACCAUAAAGCAACAACCGACCAA